AUCCAGCGACCCCCACCACUCCCCACACACCGUCUGCCGGCCAAGGUAUCAAAGUCUCCGGCGAACGAGUCGCCGCGGACAGUCCGCUUCUUCCUUUCGAAAAGAGUCAGCGAAUGGUCGCGAAAAUGAAAGUGUUAAUUUUCGCCGCUGUUGCGAUAUUCUGCGUCCAAUCUGUGCUCACUGUCGACACACACGAGCACAAUAAGAUUGUGUGCUACUGGAAUACGUCGGCCUUCGAGCGACAAGGGCCAGGAAAAUUCCAGCUGGACGACAUUCAGUCGGCCCUCUCCCUCUGCACGCAUUUGAUCUAUGGAUUCGCGGGGAUCAACGCGGAGACGUUCGAAGUCGUUCCUCUGAAGCCAUCACUGGACACAGGAGUCGGAUACUCUUAUUACAAACUCGUCACUCAGCUAAAGAGAUCAUUCCCAAAUCUCAAGAUCUAUCUCAGUAUAGGUGGCAACGCCGAUCCUGAUGACGAGACUCAUAAAUAUCUCGUUCUCACGGAGACAUCGCAAUCGAGAUCGAAAUUCAUCAGCUCUGUGAAUCGGCUCCUCAACGACUACGAUUUCGAUGGGAUCGACCUGGCUUGGCAGUUCCCACCCGCCAAAGUUAAGAAGGAACGCGGCACAUUUGGCUCGAUCUGGCACGGCAUCAAGAAGACCUUCGGCUACGGUAAAUUCAAGGACGACAAAGAGGUGGAGCAUCGUGACGGUUUCACCAUCCUGGUCCGCGACUUGAAGGCCCAGCUCAGGCCAAGAAUGAAGGAUCUGACGAUUGGUGUCCUACCUCACGUGAACAGCAGUGUUUAUUACGACGCGAGAUUGUUAGCGCCCAAUAUCGACGCCGUCCACCUCUUCACUUUCGAUCAAAAGACACCGGAACGCAAUCCACAGGAAGGCGAUUAUCCAGCGCCUAUCUACGAGAGUUACGGCCGUGUUCCUCAGGAUAAUGUAGAUUCAACGGCCAGUAUCGAUUCCGUUUCAAGGUACUGGCUCGAGAACGGGACUCCGGGUUCCAAGAUCGUUGUUGGGAUUCCAACAUACGCCCGUACGUGGAAGCUGACGUCGGACAGUCAAAUAUCAGGGGUGCCACCUAUAGUGGCCGACGGGCCGGGGGCCGAGGGGCCGCACACCAACACGCCAGGGCUUCUUUCGUACGCGGAAGUUUGCUCGAGGCUGACCGAAUCUGCCGUGGGUCGUUUGAGGCGCGUCGGUGAUCCGUCGAAGAAGUAUGGCAGUUACGCGUACCAACCUUACAACGAGAACACAGGGGCGGAUGGAAUUUGGGUCGGUUACGAGGAUCCCGACACGGCUGGGAACAAGGCAGCCUACGCCAAAGCGAAAGGUUUGGGCGGAGUGGCCAUCUACGACUUGUCGUUGGACGAUUUCCGCGGCGUCUGCACAGGGGACAAGUAUCCCAUAAUAAGGGCCGCUAAAUACAAGCUGUAAAAAAGUUACUAGAGAGACAAUAUAUAUAUAUAUAAAUGAAAAUGUGGCCAAUUUGCAUAAAGUUUGGAAGUUAUUUUGAAAAAUAUUUUGUAUUAUAUUUUUUUUGUUUUUUUGUUUUACGUUAAGAAGAUUUUCCCAGUUGGCCCAAUUGAGUAUUUUGCAUUUUGCUUUUUACUUUUUAUAUUUUCAGACAUUAUUUUAUAAGUCGUUCGUCAACUGUACGUUAUCGUUUAAGAUAUUUUAUUCGUGUUUUACGAGACGAGAAAUGAUUUGAAAAAAAAAAAAAAAAAAGAGUGUUGUAUUGGAAAUUACGUAUAUGAGAAUAAAGAAUGAUAUGAAAAUAA